AUGAGAGGCUCUUCCCGCUUGUUUUGCCUUCCAUCUCCCAGCACCUCAAUCUCAAUGGCGUUUGAUGCUGCCGACAACUCACCCUCUUCUCGUUCUCACUUCAAAAAAUCUGUUUCUUUGCGAGACUGGUGGUUAACUAAACCCCAAUCGGACGAUGACAGAAAUACAAUAGGGGUUUCAGGACUCACUUCCACUUCGCAACUGAAUCGGGCUGAACGCUGUUUCUCUUCUGCACCAAUCGUGAAGGCGUACGAUUUCUUUGAAUUAGAGACUGUUGAUGGCGUAUGCGUCAUUCUGCAAGGUUACAUCAACAAAGAGAAAACGCUUGGAAGUGGAUUUUCCUCAGAGGUGUUUGAUCAUUUUGUUAUCGGUUUUCCCUCAUAUUGGGAAGAAUUUUCUACAAGUUGUCCCCAAAGAGGAUCUUCUGAUGAAUGUGUUUCAAAAGAACACGAAGAUGAAAAACACUCCAUUGAACAACAUGACAAGUUUCAUGAUAUGAACAACAUACACAAAUCUCCUAGUGUCUCUCCACAUGGACCCACAGAAACAGAGUGUUACAGUUACAGUGGCAAAAGAUCUAGAUCAGGGAGAGUUCUUUUGCCUUCCUUGGAAUUCUGGCGCAACCAAACAGUGGUUUAUGAUGCAGGAUUGGAUCGACAAGUUACUGGAGUUUCUGUGGCAGGGGACUAUGGCAUUGGCGGGAGGCGUGUUCUUGGCAAGAACAUUUAGGGUUUAUCACACCAUGUGAACACAAUACUGGUUUUCAUCGAUUGUUUCUUUUUGAUUCUUAUGAAUUGAUUGAUUAGUCUUAGUAGUUUAUAGCAACUUAGUAUCAGAGCAUGAUACAAUGGCUCACUUCACAAAUGGUGGCGAUGGUGUAAAAACUAAACGAUCGUUAUCAAUUAAGUACUUAACAAAUAAUUGAUCACUUUUCAAGCAUAGUGACAUAUUAAAUUAGUAGCAUCUAUUUGUUAAGCACUUUCAAAGCAUAUUGCACACUUUUGGAACAUAUUAAAAUGA